AUGGGACAGCGACAGUUUCGUAGAGUGGGAGUUGAGGGAGGAGGUGAGUGUGUGCACGGGAUAAAUCCCCGAACAACACUGACACCCACCGACCACAAGGCGGAGCUCCAUCCUCGGCCUGACGAGACGCCUGUGGGCAUCGGUGAGGGAGGCGGGCAGGAGAGAAAGCAGAGAGGGCAGGAGAGAAAGCAGAGAGGGAAAGAGAAAACAAAGAAUAAGAGGCAGAAAAAGAGGACAUUUCGGAGCUUUGCCUCUUUUUUCUUUUGUUCGUCUCGUCCCAAAUCCACCAAAGCUCAGGAUGAGCAGGUGGAGCAGUGUGAGGUGGACCAGGACACUGAUGAAGCCCCAUCCAGGAGGUGUACUGAUGAUCAGACUUCUUUACAGGACAUCAUCUUUACUGUAGAGGAUAAUGAUCAUCAGGAACCUCCUCCUUCCAGUAGUCCUGAAGUCCCCCCCACUGCCGAAAACCAGCAAGUGGAGGACGUCAAGCCUCAAGAUCGGGACAGUCCAGCCAGAUCAUCAUCAGGUGACACUGGAUCACAUCUGCUGAGACAGCUGGACUGUGACAAGAUCGUGAGGGCCGAGGAUCACAUUUGCUGGAAAUAUGCCAUUGGCAAGAAAUUGGGGGAAGGAGCAUUUGGCUCUGUCUUUGAGGGGACCCGUUGCAAGGACGGCCUCAUGGUAGCUGUGAAAUUCACAGUGAAGACAGAGAACGAGCCAUACAUCAACCUUCCUGACCAUCCCAGACCAGUUCCACUUGAGGUGGCCCUGACAGUAAUGGCCAAUCAAGGCCCACGCUGUCGCCAUAUUAUAAAGGUGCUGGACUGGCAGGACCAUCUCGACCUGUACAUCAUGGUCUUAGAACGGCCCUCACCCUGCAUGGACAUGCACAGCUUUUGGCAGCAUUCCAGAGGCCGCUUCAGUGAGAGAUUGGCCCGUCACUUCAUGUGGCAGGUGAUCGAGGCUGCUGCCCUGUGCUGUUCUAGGGGUGUUCUACAUAGAGACAUCAAAAUGCCGAACCUCCUGGUCAACACAGAGACCCUGGAGGUCAAAUUGAUCGAUUUCGGCUGCGGGGACCUCAUGAAAAGCUCAUCCUACAAAAACUACUCUGGCACAGCAAGGUAUUGCCCUCCUGAGUACUUUGAGAAGGGCGAGUACUAUGGGAAGCAGGCAACGGUGUGGUCGCUGGGGGUGCUGCUGUUUGCCAUGAUCGGCUGCCGUUUCCCAGACAGCAGAGAUAUAGCUUUGAUGGACCCUGAUGUCUGGUUCCAGCCGGGCUUCUCAGAUGAAUGCUGUCGGUUUAUUCGAGGUUGCCUGAAGAGCGACCCAAAGCGGAGACUCCAUCUGGAUGAGAUGCUCUCCCAUGACUGGUUCAAGGUACAGAGUCUAAGACAAGCUAAAAUGAUUUUGAAGAUAUAUUUAUAUUUGCCUAUUUUGGGGCUUUUUGUUAAUUUGGCUUGAUUAUCUGAAUAUGGACAUCAGCUUCUUUACAUUCCCAUUCAGUACCUGCUCUAACUGUCAUAUACUC